AUGAGCGAAGAACCGUACCGGCGUCAUACUCUGGAAGUCUCCACACCAUCAAAAUUGUCUUCCGAUUGGGUCGAAGUGGAGCCGCAUUUCGUCUACGAGCGUAAAUCGGACAUCCCGUUUGUGUCUCAAAGCUUCCUCGGAAACGGCUCGUUCGGCUGGGUCGACCUUGUGAAACAAAAAGAUGAGUAUGGUGACGAUCGAUGCUUCGCCAGGAAGAAUAUCCGGAUUCGAUCGGGGCGAAGCAAGACACAAUUGGAGAGCAUCAAUAAUGAAGUGUCAAUCGUAAGACGACUACAACAUAUGCAUAUCACGCAAGUCAUCAGUACUUAUCUUUGCGAAAGACAUUUCGGUAUUAUCAUGUCGCCAGUCGCAGAUAUCAGUCUCAAUGAAUGGAUGGAACAGGACGAAAUAUCUGGUACCCGUUCAGAGGAAGAGUUGAAGCUACUUCCAAAGUGGUCACAAUGUCUGGCUCACGCGCUGGCAUACAUUCAUGAUCAAAAGAUCCGACAUAAAGAUAUCAAGCCGGCGAAUAUUCUGAUAAAAGGACCGGACAUCUUGAUUACUGACUUCGGCAUCGCGAAAGACCUCAUCGAUGACGACACUACAGGGUCUACGAGUGCUGAUGUGCUUCGCACUAAAUUGUACAGUGCUCCAGAAGUCAUGGCUGAUCACGCGCGCCGAGGACGUGCAGCAGACAUCUUCUCUCUCGGCUGCGUCCUCGUUGAAAUGGUUACGGUGUUUCUUCGAGAGUCGCUGGUUGAAUUUGCCAAUUUUCGUGGGUCGGAGGGGCCACAUCUUCGCCCAUACUUCGCCAGCCUUCAUAAAACUAUUCAGUGGACCAAUAAUCUUUUGGAAACAUCCAAAAACAUUGCGCAACAAGUGUCAAUUCCAAGGGAGUGGAUCCUGCUUCCUCUAUCGCUGUUGCAGCAUGAACCUCAGAAGCGUCCAACAGCCAUUGACGUGUUUCAACAAUUAUCAGCCAUCCCCUUCGGAGAUAUUCGUCGAUGCCAACAGUGCCACAAUAGCACUGGCUUAAUGUUAGAACGAGUUGCAUCUUAUGAUGCUUUGCGGAAUUACGACACAAGCUCAGCAAAGCAGGACUUUCUCAAGGAUAGUGGUCUGACAACAGCGACUGCGCCCACAUCCAUGACAUUAACGAAUUCUUAUCAACGGUCGUACCUGCCGGCGCACCAUGAUUUCCAACAGCCAUACAAACACAUGCAUGUCCCACACAAUACUCAACACUUGAACCCGGAUGAAGUUGCCGCAGGUACUCGACCAUGGUCUAAAUACUAUGAUAGACCACCUCAGAUUCUUGUGGCUCAGGGGUCUUUUUCUCUACCUAACAGAAUGGCUCAACAGAAUGCUUCACGUGUCAGACACAACUUGAAUACUCCGUCCGCCAGCGUGGGCUCAGUUACGUCGCAUUUUUCGAGCAUGGUUGCUGCGGGCAUGGAAAAAAUCUAUAUUCUGUCAGGUGAUGACGAAGGCACAGAUGUGCCAGUAUUAUCCAGACGGGCAUCAGGGAAACGCAGUUUGAUCAAAGCUCAAGUGGCAUAUGGUCGUGGCCUAGGUGCGGGUAGAUUCGGGGUGGAUGAGUUGGUACUUGUACAUCAUCCAUCCGGUUGCCAGACAUGGGAAAAUGUGAGGUUUGCUGUCAACCUCACCUGGCGUCGCCGCAAUGAGCACUCAACAAACUUGGACACAUUCUACAUCGUGUCAGCGAGAUCGCUCGACUGCGAUGUCGUUCUGGGAUUCGAUGGAGCUACGGAAUCCCAAUCUCCCUCAGAUGUUCAUGAUGCACAAUCAUCACACGCACACUAUCCACAAACCUUUGGAAGAGUAGAAGAACUUGACCCAACACCACUUCCGCAUACGCCUGCAGCGCCCACGUAUGCUUAUCAACAACCAUCUCUACCACCGCCUGCUGUUCAACAAACAUACGAAUGCGUGCAGUCUAUGCGCAACAGUCGACGUAUGCACACGGCUGACCCAUCUGCUUCGGCUACUCAUCCGAAGCAUGUGGACCGUGGUCAGCCAACACAAACGAUCACCCCCCUUGCAACUCAAGAUGGCUCCAGCGGCCGACUUCAUGUGACCGGUUGGUGGGACAAAACACCGAUCAAGAUGUCGUUUGAUCCAACUGGCACUGGAGAAGCCUUCUGCCAGGCUUUCCAUAAGUGGGCUGUGAAACGGAAACGUGAUGGUGAUUUCGAUCGAGAAAGAAUGACGCUAUGGCUCAGGGCAAACCAAACCAUACCCGAAGACGAAUUUUACGAACUCGGUCUCGAGGAAAGUGAACUAGAAAUGCGCUGGGAGAGUGCCGUGGAAUGGAUACAGGAAAACAAAAAUCCAAAGGCACCACACCUCUUCGCGACAGUAAAAUUCGAAGCGAGAUGA